UGCAACCUCUGCCGAUUCUCCUCUCCUCUCCUCAGUUUUCCCAAAACAAAACAAUCGAAUAAACUAAAAAAAAGGUCCCUCCUUUUCUUACUUCGAAGCAACAAUUCCCAUGGCUUCCUUGCUCUUCCCACCACCGCCAACUUCAACCCAACAGAACCCCAAAUGCGCUCAUCUCUCACUCUCUCCUUCCUCUCUGAGACCCACCUCAGCUUUCCAUCUGUGCUUCUUCUCAAACCGAGUCAAAGCCACGAACACCCUCAAAUGCGACGCCUUUCCGAGCGACAUUGCCCAGCUCGUCGACCAGUCGCUGUCCCAAGUCCCUACUUUCCAAUCUGGGUACGAGCGAAUCCUGGGCGCUGCCGAGGAACUAACGGAGAUGCAGAGAUGGGGGGUCGUGAUAUUCGGUGGGCUCACUUGGGUUUACCUGACGGCGAGGCCUGGGGUGUUGAUCGGCGCGAUCGAUGCCUACAUUUUGGCUCCACUGCAGGUGGGUCUGGACAACUUGAGCGGGAGGAGGAGGUUGAAGAGGAGCGACUUUUUGAUUGGGGACAGAUUGGGUGAGGGGUCUUUUGGGGUUGUGUACUUUGGGGUUGUCGUCCCCAAGAAUGUGAAUGUUGAGGAGAGAGUGCAAAAGAGAGGGCGUGGCAAGGGAGCUCUGGAUUUGGAUGGGAGGUUCAAGGAGAAGGUCAUCUUGAAACAGGUUAAGGUUGGAGUCCAAGGCGCAGAAGAAUGUGGGGAUUUUGAGGAGUGGUUCAAUUACAGGCUGUCCAGGGCAGCGCCUGAGACCUGUGCUGAGUUUUUAGGGAGUUUUGUUGAUGAUAAGACGAAUUCACAGUCCACCAAGGGCGGGAAAUGGCUGGUUUGGAAAUUCGAGGGAGAUCGAGAUCUUGCCGAUUACAUGAAAGAUGGUAGCUUCCCUUUCAAUCUAGAGUCAAUCAUGUUUGGCAAAGUCUUGCAAGGGGUAGACUCCGUUAAGCGGAAGGCAUUGAUCAUUAAGCAAGUGAUGCGGCAGAUUAUAACUUCACUGAAAAAGAUUCAUGACACCGGCAUUGUCCAUCGGGAUGUAAAACCGGCCAACUUGGUUGUGACAAAGAAAGGUCAGAUUAAGCUCAUCGAUUUUGGGGCAGCCGCAGACCUUCGUAUUGGCAAGAACUAUGUGCCUGAUCGCGGCCUACUCGAUCCUGAUUAUUGUCCCCCUGAACUUUAUGUACUUCCGGAGGAAACGCCGAGUCCACCUCCAGAGCCAGUUGCUGCAUUUCUUUCCCCAAUCCUGUGGCAGCUGAACAGUCCCGAUUUGUUCGACAUGUACUCGGCCGGAAUCGUACUCCUGCAGAUGGCGAUCCCGACCUUGAGGACCUCUGCAGGCCUGAAGAAUUUCAAUUCUGAGAUCAAGGCAGUCAAAUACGACUUGAAUAAAUGGAGGGACUACAAGAUACGGAGGCCCGACUUAACGAUUCUUGAGCUUGACUCGGGAAGAGGGUGGGAUUUGGCCACGAAGCUCAUCUCGGAGAGAGGUUUCCUAAGGAGGGGAAGAUUAUCGGCCGCCGCCGCCCUCAGGCAUCCUUAUUUUUUAUUAGGAGGCGACCAAGCAGCUGCAGUUCUUUCUAAAUUGAGCUUGAGAAGAUAGGAAGUUGGCAAAUGAUGUAAGUGCGAGCAUCACCGCUCAUUCAUUGGCCAUUAGUUUACGUUCUACUCUACAUUAAUUUCUCUUUCCUGCUUAUCAUGUACAGAUUUUGUAAAGCCAAGAGCUUUCUUCUCAUUUACGGGCAGGUCCUAAGAUGUAAUUCAUAGUGCAUAAAAGGAAUGCUGGUCCAGUUUUCUUCU